UCCUUCCUUCCGACUAGCUGCCCUGCCUCUUCGCCCUUGUCAGCACGAUUCUCUGUCACCAUGGCGUCCCUCGCAAGUGCAGGCUCGUCACUGGUUAGAACUGUACUGUACCCAUCUACAUCAUCGGCGCAACAUGUCUGCCAAAGGCGUGCCCUGCACAUCUCUUUGCGGCAGUGCAGUCAUGAGAAUCCCCUGGGUCUUCCCCGCAGUUCCGAUCCACCUCGUCCACCCAAAAUGCCCCAGCGCUCCCGUGGUGGCCCACCUGCAAAGCGCUCCCUCCCCUCUGUCCGUCGUGUCCUCGCAGUGAGCAGCUGUAAAGGCGGCGUAGGCAAAAGUACCGUUGCUGCCAAUCUCGCCUUGUCUCUCCUACGCUCACCACCCGAGGGAGCGAGUAGACCGCCUAGAGUCGGGUUGUUGGAUUUGGACAUUUUUGGACCUUCUGUGCCGAAGUUGCUUGGAUUGGAUAGGGGGGAGAUGGGAGCGGAGGUUACGAAGGCCGGCGCCCUCAUUCCGCUCACAAAUCAUUCACUUCCAACAAUGAGCAUGUCCUACCUCCUCCCACCGGAGCAAGCCUCCUCGCCCAUCGUCUGGCGCGGUCUGAUGGUACAAAAGGCCGUACAGCAGCUCCUCUUCGACGUGGACUGGCGAAGUGGUGCAAGACCUCAGUAUGAAGGAGAAGAAGGUGCUCAGGAGGGGCAGCUACCAGAGCGCGAGCAGGGAGAAGAACUGGACGUACUCGUCAUUGAUAUGCCGCCUGGAACGGGGGAUGUGGCUCUCACCCUCACGCAAUUGGUCAAGAUCGAUGGAGCUGUGGUGGUCAGUACGCCACAGGAGGUGGCACUGGAGGAUACGAGAAAGGGCGUGGAGAUGUUUAGCAAGGUCGGCGUGGAGACCACCGGUCUGAUCCUCAACAUGGCGCACUACAUCCCUCCUCCACCCCUCCCACAAGAUCCACUCCCACUCUUUGGUCCACCCGAACCCUUCCUGAAGCUAGCCGCUUCGCUCCAGCUGCCCGUCCUGGGUCAGAUCCCACUGGAGCCAGCCGUCAGUGCAGGAGGCGACAGUGGUUGGCCCGUGGCUGUGCGUGGGGAAGAGGCAGGAGGGGCAACCCGUAAAGUCUUUUUGGACGUGGCGCGCAAAGUCUGGGAGUCCCUCUUGAAGAGCAAGAGCCAGCAAUGAGACGAGGACCAAUUCCUC